AUGAUCGAUUCACCAUGGAAAUACUUUGUUUCAUCGUACGAAAUCUUAACAUGUUAUAUUAAAGUACAUUGGAAUUGGUAUUCACCUUUAGUGAUGACCGACAAUGAUGACAUAACGUCACCUACUAUCGAUGAUAAUAGUACUGCUUACAUGUCAAAUAUUCUUCACACAGAAACUUUUCAACCAACAUACAUGUCUUCAUGUCAUUAUACAUCAACAUCGAUUUCGAAUGAGAGAAUAUGGGUUAUAUCCAGUAUGUUUGAGGUGAAUGCCAAUCGUUUUUGGCCAUUUCCAGCAUUCUAUCAACAUAGUGAUUAA